CACUUGAAAGAAGAGAGCACAGAAGCAUGUGCUGAUAGGCUUAGUGGAGUGUAAACACUGGGCUGGAGUGGUUUGGGCAAAAUAGCCUGUUUCUGUGAUGUAAGAAAGAACUGUUGUAGUAGAAAAUGAGCUUCAAAGAUCUGCCUUCGCCCCACCGCCCGAUUCAUCUAUUCAGGAAUUCCUGACAAGAAACAUAUGAUUUAUUCUGCAUGCCCUUCACUGUAAGUGUGUCAGUGAAUUGGAAGAUUCAGGAGUGAAAUUACAGUGUGUAACACUUCAAGGCACACCCUAAAUGGCAUGAAAUCAAAUCUCUUUCAGUAAAUCACUCUGACUGAGGCACCAUGGAGGAGAAACACCUCCAGACAGGAUGAUACUGGUUGCUAGGAGAAAACUGACUUGAUAUUGUGAACACACACUGCCCCAGAAAGAGUUAUAACCCCCUGUGCAUUGCCCAACCUAACCCCUUAUCCUCCCCCACCCCCUGCCCGUCCAUCCUCUUCCACCCUUCACACCCAUCCCACCCCUACCCCUCCCUCAGCAUCCAAACCUCCAGAGUGUAGGGAAAGGAUGAGCUGGCUGAAUAAGCUGAACCCUCGAGGAGCUGGCAACAGGGCGAGCCGGGCUGCAGGGCCCCAGUCCCCAGUCACCGCCGACCCUGAAACCUGCUUCAUGGUGUUUAAAAAUCACUGGACGCAGGUGAGUCGGAUUCUGGAGCGGCAGGACUCACGAACAGUGGAUGAAGCGAGCGCAGUCCGCAAUUACACCGAUCAAAUGAUGUACCUGUUGGCAGAAGAGAGGUCCCAUGAGGAUACAGGGAUCGGUCCCAUCCUGGAGCUGGUGAUCUUGGAGGGAAUCCUGGAGAGGCUGCUGAGCUGGAACCUGCGCUGGCAGUUCAACGAUGACAAAAAAAUCGAGCAACUGAAGCUGUACGAGCUGCUGGUCAGUCAGUCCCAUCAGCCCCUGCUGCGUCACAAGCCCAUUCUCAACCCAUUGAUGAGAUUGCUGAGCAUGUGUGUUGAACCUCGCUCCCCUGUGGUGGAAAACAACCUGGUGUUGCUACUCAACCAGAUCUGUGUCUCGCUGGCCAAGGAACCCUCCAUCCUGGAACUCUUCUUUCACACCCAGACCAACCAGGGCCCUGCCAAUCUCCUCAUCUUCUCCAUUCUCGUUCCCUUUAUCCACCGCGAUGGUCUGAUUGGACAGCAAGCGCGAGACGCACUGCUCCUCAUUAUGGCCAUCUCUGCAGAGAAUGACACUGUGGGGAGUUAUAUUGCAGAAAACUCCUACUUCUGUCCAGUGCUGGCCACAGGUCUCAGUGCACUUUAUUCAUCUUUACCUCGAAAGAUCGAAGUGCGUGGCGAUGAUUGGCAUGCACUGCGGCGUGAAGACUGGAUGGGUGUCUCCUCGCUCACCAUGUUCAUGAACUCCCUGGAAUUCUGUAAUGCUGUCAUUCAGGUAGCCCACCCUCUUGUCCAGAAACAGCUGGUGGAUUAUGUUCACAAUGGCUUCUUGGUGCCAGUAAUGGGGACUGCACUCCACAAGACUUCCAUUGAGGAAAUGAUAGCCAGCACGGCCUACCUGGACCUCUUCCUUCGCAGCAUCACCGAGGUGGCCCUUCUCAAGACCUUUCUACGUUUCAUCGUCCUGCAUAGGCACGAAAACAUCACGAUCCUCGACACUUUGAUCAGCCGCAUCAGCAGCAACUCUAGGCUUUGUAUGGUGUCCCUCAGUCUCUUCAGGACUCUGCUGACCCUCAGCUGUGAAGACAUCAUGCUUCAGCUUGUUCUCAGGUAUCUGAUCCCUUGCAAUCAUGUGAUGCUGAGUCAGCGGCGUGCUGUCAAGGAUCAGGAUUUCUAUGGGAAGACAGCAGACAAGUUCCUGUCCUUGAUCCCGGAGUGCUGUAAGCCAGAGAACCUGGGUGGUGUGGAGCGAGAAGAGGAGCAUGCUGUCUGGUCUAAAGCUCAUGGGAGUCCAAGUGUCGACACCUCAUCUGUGACCGCUGCAGUGCCCAAGCCCUCGACUCCUGCCCGCAUUGCACUAUUCAUGAGGCAACAGAGCACGGGCUCCGAUGUAGUCAACCCACCCCGAUCACCAGGAGGGGCGGUGACAGAAUCUCCCACCUGCAGCCCAGCCCACAGCAGGUGGGAGGAUGUGUCUGAGCUGGACUCUAACUACCUGGAAUACCUACGAGAUGCUCGCCGUCACAUUGACCGCUGUGUCAGAGCCUGCGGCAAGUGGUCAGCACCCUAUGAUGGACAGGAGCCCGAUCCUUGCAAUGUCCUGCCCAUCCCAUUUGACGCCAACGCCAUCAACCCACACAUGGAUCAUUUCAGUCUAGAACAGCAUCGGGAAAGUUUCCGUGUUCAAAAUCAAGUCCGGAUCAAAGCAGACACUCCAGCCAAGAAAGAUGGGCUAGAAAAUGGUGACUGGGAUGUGAAGUACAACAAACGCAACAUCAUCACCACUCCCCAGACCAAGAAACGCAGCCUGCAGAGAGAAGCAGGGCCAAUGAACCCAGAGCUCCAGCUGACCACCUCCUCCUCCUCCGUUAACCACAGUGAGCGUGGUGGCAGUGAGCUAUGGGUGGCUGAAGACUGGACUGACAGUAAAUAUGGCAACUCCUUGCUGAAUGGGUGUCAAGAGGAAAAUGCGGCUGGGAAGCUGCCCGGAGUCUUGGAGCGCAGUGAGAAUUGCCUGAUGGUCAAGAAAGUUCGGAGGGACAUGCCUGAGGGAAACUGCCUGAAGAUGGACGAGCGAGUGACUAAGGACAGGAAAGGAAUGCCGGCAUCAGGAGAGGCUCCGGAGAAUCUGGGAAAUGAAGCUUGCCGACUCCAGGGAUCAGCUGCAGUGGAAGACAGAACAGUGUCUGAGAGUAAGCCUGAGGGUGCAUCCAUCAGUCAUCAGCCCCUAGCAGGCUCUGAAUCCAUCGACCGUCUGAUAGACGAGCUGUUAGACCGGGCGCCAACGGAGGCCAAUGGGAAGGGACUCAAUGUGGAGAAAUUCACAGAAGAGCUGCGGGAGAUGGAGGCUCGGAUGGGAAGCCGAUGCCGCAUGGAGGAGAGGUUGAGAGACGGAGGGGAUCUGCAGACUGAGGAGGAGGAGGAUGGGGAAGUUGAGGAGAACGAGAGUCCCUCCUUGCAUCACAACAAUUGGCCAGCAGCCUGUGGGAGUCGGGCUUCAGUGAGAGCCGAACCCCAGCUAAUGGUCAGCCCUGAGCGAGCCGGGCAAGUGCAGGCUCAGCCUUUCACAGGUUCGUUUAUCGCUGUUCUGUUUGCCAAGCUGGAAAAUAUGUUACAGAACUCGCUCUACGUCAAUUUCUUACUAACUGGAAUUAUUGCACAGCUAGCUUGUUACCCCCAACCCCUCCUCCGCUCCUUCCUGCUCAACACCAACAUGGUAUUCCAACCUAGUGUCAAGUCUCUCAUUCAGGUACUUGGGUCAGUGAAGAGCAAGAUUGAAAUGUUCGCAGCCACUCAGGAAGACUUUCCUAUGAUGCUGUGCAAGGCCAGGAAAUAUUUAAUCGCUAGAGGGAAACUUGAUUGGUCGGAAUCCCCCAACUCUGUUCCUCCACUGCGACGCUCCGAGAAUCUAGUGAAAAGUCGGAAACCCUCCCUCGGUGAGCUGAUCCUACGUCACACCAACAGUCCCACAAGGGCACGCCAGGCAGCACAGUUAGCUCUGCAACACGUCCGAGAGGGGCAGGUCCUGCACGCACUUACUGGGAGCUCCAUUUUCAAGAGUUCAGCAGAAAAGCAGAAUGAGGCACUGCGGGUGAAGAACGCUGUUUACUGCUCACUUAUCUUCUCUGAGUUCCUGAAAGAACUAGCGGCCAUUGCUCAGGAGCACACUGUCACAUCUCCCUUCUUACUUGAUGACAAGGAGGAAUGACAACUGGAGAAUUUGGAGAACAGGAGCAGCUAGUCACCACACACAGCACUCUCACUGGCCAGGAGUGUGGCAAUGGGCUUCCUUGAAUGGUCACCACGCGUUCCGGAAUCUGUAAAUAACACAUCCAACACUCCGACACAUGUUGUUGCAGAAGUUCCGAACUUCAUUCCAAAGAGUUCUUCAUUGAUAUUUGGAAGCAGAAUGUAUUCCUCAGUAUUGUCAUCAGGUCUCCACAGUGUGCUGCUGAUAGUGGUUCGCUCCAGUGCUUUCUGACUUAUUGCUGAGACACGUCUCACACUGGGCAUUGUGCAAAAAACAACCCUAUAAACAUCAACAAUCCUAUAAACAUCCUCUCUCUGAACUGAGCUGCAUGUCGGGAGAAUGAGAGAGAGAUCAAUCCUCGGGAAUAUUGGAUCAGGCUGUGCAGAUCCAAAGAGACAAACACAAAUUCUCACACCCAUUUUAUGGAUGAUGUAGUGCAGAGAUUUCUGCUGUGUGUAAAUGUCACAAUAUUUUUUUAAAAAAAUCUGUUUCUCAAA